AUGACCCACGAAUUCCUAACGUUCACCCGCAGACUCGAGUUCAUGGAGGCCACAACAAUUAGUCAAGAUGAGUAUUGUGAUCUCUGGAUUGGCGUCUGGAAACUCUCCCAAGGGAGAAAAGACUUUUGCGAAACCGAAUUUUUGAGCCAGGCUCUAGUCAUUAACGAAGACAACAUCAUUCCCUAUGUUUGGAUGCUCCAUUACGCCAACCACGUGAGUGACCAACUUCAAGAGGACAUUUUGGCCUCUCUGACAUCCUUACCCUAUUGGUUUGAUAAUGGUGGUCGAUUUCAAAUACGCAUGGGCAAUCAGAUACGAUAUUUAGAUCACUCUCAAGAGACAAACCAAUUGUUUGGGUUGGUUUCAAACUUGGUGGAGCCAGGAUCAAAAAGCGACUUGACAGCAUUGCAUUGGCUUCUAACUGGGAGAGGUUUAGAGCCCAAAUUGAAGGAUUUUUCCACAUCAUUAUUGCUCAAUCUUGCCAUUGGCCUCGGAUUUGAAAUUCCAAAGCUCUUUCUGGGAUCUCUGUCCACAAUACAGACCAUUCCGUACGACAUUUCCGUCAAAUCAUGCUCGGAUUUGAAGUUCACAUCCACCGAUGAUUGCGUCUUCAGAUUUGGAGAGAUCGGCAUGCUUGGAUCCAUCGACUGUUUCAAGAGCGUCGGAGAUGUUUUUAAGCUUUGGAAUCGACAUCAUCAAUGGUCAAACAUGGACCCAUUCCGCAAGCUCGUUAUAAGUUCCGACUCCACUCUUGUCGAGCAAAUGCAAGACGUACACUGCCGGUUCUCAAAAUAUCUUGGAGGGAGCGCUUUACAAUUGAGAAGAAAUCCACGUUUCCUCGCAUUUUGGUCACAGGUCCGUGAUCCUGGAUCUUAUGGACGAAGUUUAGAUUACACAUCUUGGACACUGAAAGUGACAGGAGGGGAAAGCAUGAACAUCGAGCAAAACAUAAAUCUGCAUUCGUCCAAGCUCAAAGUCCUACCAAAAGUGGCCAAUUUUAAGGACACUUUCUUCAUCUUGAACAAUCCGAAGUUAACGACCUCAUCCAUUCUUGAUACAGGAUCCACUCAAGCUCAUCUCAAUCUCUUCUUCCAACGGGCCUUCGCUGAUGAUAAUCAUUGGUUCAUUGGUCAAAUUCAAGACCAAUUUCUGGCCAUCUACUCUCACCAACCCGUCAAUUGGACCAGUGUUGUCAGUCCAAGGCGGAUUGUCAAAUCCUUGACAGCACCUGGUUCUCAAAAUGUGUGGAUCGUUCACGCAGAGAGUGGCGUUGUCAAACCCGCUAUUAGGAGUUUAAGGUUCAUCUAA